GACCGCAGUAGUAUCGGGCCUUGGAUCGAGCGUCAAAUUCGUGAAUCGGAAGGAUAUAGUUACCGAUGCCGCAUGAACCUUGAUCAAAACAUCUUCCCGUUCGACGACUUCAAAGCCAAUUCUUCCACUGGAGCUCCAGUCUUUGUACCCAGAGGACGCUGUAACAUCUUUGUCACACCACUAUCCGCAGCAACAUAUCUACGAAACGUGAGGGCUGUCAAGUAUUUUCUACAAUUUCCUGAUCCCCACGAAAAUAACGGCCUUGUCAGCCCUCUGUCACUAGCUUGUCUUCAAGGACAUUCCCAUGUUAUUCCACUUCUUGCUGAGAGGAACGAAUCCGGCAAUACCUUA